AUGGCAGCCAAUUUCGCCCCGUAUCAAGACAUACCGGAAUCGUCACGCGCGCUCUCCCCACCGCCAGUCCAUUCGCCGAGGACAUCCAUUGACCGCACACGCAACAUCAUAUCGCCUCCCACACGCGCAUACGAGCAACAUGACUACUUCCAGGGCCAGUCACCUGUCUCCCCACCCGCAGAACCAGAUACCGAGCGCAUAGCGUGGGACCAGCCGUCUCGCAGCACAGGCUUCGGUCGCUCACGCGAGGAUGUGGAUAUGUUCACCACAUCUCUGGGCUGGAGAUUGGACUAUGAGGCUUGCCUGGCAUACCUUCUGCUUCCACCAGCGGGUGGGGUGUUGCUACUAGUCUUGGAGCACCAAAGUGACUAUGUGCGGUUCCACGCAUGGCAGAGCAGUCUCCUAUUCGCCUUCAUCUUUGUGGUGCACAUCAUAUUCAGCUGGUCGAGUUUCAUAUCCUGGGUCCUGUUCAUCGGAGAUUUGGCAGGCAUAGGGUGGUUGACUUGGAGGGCGUAUCUAGAUGCUGCGACACUUGACCGAUACGAGGUUCCUUUCUUUGGCCCACUGGCGAGCUCUAUACUCGACGACGAAUAG